AUGUCAAAGUCGUAUUCAGUCCAGAACAAGUCAGAGCUUGACAUGCUUCUCAAUGAUGACGAAUUUGCGAGUGCACGCAAGAUACAGCUGGUUGAAGUUAUCAUGGACAAGUACGACAAAUCCUGUGCGUUGCAAGCAUCUGCGGACUUGUGUGCGAAGAUGGCGGCGGGUCAACG